AUGGCUUCUAUUAUUAAUCUCGUUCGCCGUCUUUCUGGUACUAAUAUAAAUAGCAAUGAUGCUGUAGACUCUCGUUCUGGGUAUUCAAAUGAAGACAAACAAAAAGGCACUGCUAUGGAUCUUGUAAAACGUGAAAAGCUUGGACUGAAUGGCCUUUUACCAGCUCGUAUAGAGACCAUUGAAAUUCAAAAAGCUCGUGCUAUACGUGUGCUUCGUUCAAAAACUAACAUGCUAGAAAAGUAUAUUUUUAUGGCUCAACUACGUACGAGUAAUGUGCGAUUAUUUUACAAGAUUGUGAUGGAUGAAUUAGAGGAACUGGCUCCUGUGAUCUAUACUCCCACUGUUGGUACAGCUUGUCUCGAAUAUUCUACCAUCUAUCCAUUCUUAGCUGCACCUGGUGUGUCGGAUGGUUUAUUCUUGACCAAGGCUCCAGUAUCUGAGUUAUGUCAAACGAUUCGAAAUUACUGUCCUACUCCAGAUUUUCAUCCUGAGAUCUGUGUCAUUUCAGAUGGCUCUCGUAUUUUGGGCCUUGGCGACCUUGGUACCAAUGGUAUGGGCAUUCCUAUUGGUAAACUUCAACUGUAUGUUGCAGGUGCUGGAAUUGAUCCCCGUCGUACACUCCCUAUCAUUCUCGACCUUGGUACAAACAACGAAAAGCUUCUCAAUGACGAGCUCUAUAUUGGUCUUCGACAAAAGAGACCUAACGAUGAUGAAUUUUACGCUACGGUCGACUGUGUUUUGACUGCCUUACACACUGUUUAUCCUAAACUGUUGAUUCAGUUCGAAGACUGGUCUUCUGAGCAUGCUUUCGGUCUACUAGAGAAAUAUCAAGACAAGAUCUUGUGUUUCAAUGAUGACAUUCAAGGCACAGGAGCAGUCAUUUUGUCAGGCGUGAUUAAUGCAAUUCGUAAAGUGCAGAAAGAAGACCACGUAGAUCCUCGACAUCAUCGUAUUGUGUUUUAUGGUGCUGGUUCAGCUGCCAUUGGUGUUGCACGUCAAAUACAGACCUACUUUCAGAUUGAACAUAACAUGCCUGAAGAAGAAGCCAAAAAGUUGUUUUGGAUUGUUGAUUCUAAGGGUCUGAUUACAAACACACGCGGUGAUAAGCUUGCUCGACAUAAAGUAUAUUAUGCUAGAGAUGAUACCGAUGAACAGCAGUUUAAAGAAUUACUUGAUAUUUUAGACUAUGUUAAACCUACAAUGCUCAUUGGUCUUUCAUCUAUUUCUAGUGCAUUUAAUUCAAAUGUAUUAUCGCGCAUGGCUAAACUGAAUCAACAGCCCAUCAUUUUCCCUCUUUCCAAUCCUGCUACACAAGCAGAAUGUACAUUUGAGCAAGCUAUGGAAUGCACAAAUGGCAAGGUUAUCUUUGCUUCUGGAACAGCUUUUCCCGCAUAUACCAUUCAAUCAACAGGCGAGAUUAGGUAUCCAGGACAAGGUAAUAAUAUGUACAUCUUUCCUGGUCUGGGCCUUGGUGCUGUAUUGGCCCAUCCAAAGCAUAUCACGGAUCGCAUGAUUUAUGAAGCUUCUAGAGCACUAGCAGAUUCCCUUACUAAUGAAGAAAUCAACAAAGGCUGGUUAUACCCAUCACUCAAACGUAUUCGUACUGUUUCUUCCGUUGUUGCUACGGCUGUAUGUCAAGAAGCACUAAAUGAAGGCUUGGCUACUUCGGAAAGCAUCAAGAAAUGUAAAACAUAUCAAGAUAUAUUAAACUAUGUAACUCGCCACAUGUGGUCUCCUACAAAAGAAGCCUAUGGGACAGAACCUGGCAAGUUAUAG